AUGGAGUCGACGAGUCCAGGACUACCACGCAGUGUCUCACCGUCACAGUUCGGAUCUCAACAAAUCAGUCCAGAUUCAUCGACGCCUUACUCGGACGCUACAAACUGUAAGAAAGCAACAAACCAUGUCAAGAGACCAAUGAAUGCUUUCAUGGUUUGGUCUCAGAUGGAAAGGAGAAAGAUCUCCGAAGUGUCACCUGAAAUGCACAAUGCUGAGAUUUCAAAACGUCUUGGCAGACAGUGGAAGUUACUCAACGACGAAGAUCGACAACCCUUUAUAGAGGAAGCUGAACGGUUGAGAUUAUUGCACCUUCAGGAAUACCCCGACUACAAAUACCGACCAAGGAAGAAGGGAAAAACU